AUAACGACAUUGUCUACCGACGAGAAACUCAAGUCGACAUGAAGGUAUUCGUAGCGCUCGCUGCCCUCUGUGUGGCAACCGUUUCAGUCAACGCAGGUGGGCACGGCUGGGAGCCGCAUGGCCACGUGCACGAAGUGGUCAAGUAUGUUCAUAAAAUCGUGCCAAUCCCUAAACCUGUACCAGUAGCCAAACCUUAUCCGGUGCACAAGCUUGUUCCUGUGCCACACGUCGUCCACGUACCUAAGCCGUUGCCGGUACCCGUCAAAGUGCCGGUGGUAAAGAAGAUCCCUAAGAUCGUGCACGUGCCGAAGGUCGUGCCCGUGCCUAAACCCGUGCCGGUGCCACACUCUGUGCCCGUACCUGUGCCAGUGCCUGUUAUAAACCAUGUUCCGGUGCCCGUCUACAAGCACGUGCCAGUUCCUGUCGUGAAGCACGUUCCCGUGCCAGUGAAGGUGCCGAAGUUCGUCCCCGUACCAGUGCACAAGAUCAUCAAGAUCCCACAGCCGGUGGCUGUGCCCGUCAAGGUGCCUGUUUUCAAGGAGGUCAUCGUCAAGAAGCCCGUCGAGGUUGGAGUGCCUGUUUAUAUUAAGAAGGAGAAGGUGGAGCAUCACGGCCACGGAUGCCCGUCCCUUCCCUGGAGCCCGUCUAGCGGUCCUUCAGCACCUGGAGCCAGUUAAUUAAUUGGGCACUGCGCUCAACUGUCGGCCAAUGUCUUCACCGAAUCAACAAUAGGGCACAUGAUCGUAGUAGAACAUCUGCACAGGUGCAGUUCCACUGUUCUUCAAACAACGAUCUGCAUUAUCAAUAUGACUAUCAUGAUGGUCAUCUUCCUCUUUUCAAGCAAACAAACAACGAAAACGUUAACUGAUCAUAUCGAAACAAAACAAGAUGCUAAUCGUCUUUCCCAAUCCAUUUUUUGGCCGUUUCAUGGCCGAACAGGCAGUAGGCCAACGGUGUGAUAUCGGCUUGUUAGAAUACCAAUUACUACUGCCACGCUAUUUCUCCCACGAAAAUAGUAGAAAACAUGCUUAGGCCAAUAGUUGUUUACAUAUCAGCCGAAGUAGCCGCUGCAGUGGAAUGACACCGUCAACGGUAGUAAUGCCAAUGGCGACAGCUAAUAGGCCGAUCGCUAUUUCUUCUAGACAGCAUCCACUUCGAGUCAACAACAACAACAGCAGCAGAAGCAAUAACUUCGAUGACUUACAACGCUGGUUUCCAUCGGCUGGAGCUAAAGGGGGAAGACUGUGCCGGUCGUAGUCGUAACGUAACGAGCGUGUAUAAUGAGGUUCAGCACCUCACUGCCAAUCUGCGUAUUCAACUAAACAAAAGGAGGUGGACGAGAAAGGGGAAGUGUCGACUGGUCUGUUUUGUGCUAUCUAUAUUUUAACCAAUUCUAUUCACGAAGACAAUGUGUUCUCGUAAUGUUCAAUGUCGUCCGAAGACUCGUUGCUCACUGUUCUAGGCCUUUGCUCACAUGUCGUAUAGGGGACGUAGCACUCCGAUAACUAGCACAACGUAUGCAAGUAUGAUUACUACUAAGAUCGUAUCUGGCGCCGUUGCGCCGUGCGACUGGAUCGUAGUCUCACAACUCGGCCCAGUUGGCAAGGCCAUAGGAAAUUCGUGCUUUGCAAUUGGUGUACGUAGGUGUCUUAAGGUCAGGACAAUCGAGCCAUUAAAGGCAGCGGAGGUUAAUUGAAACAGAAAAGACGGACCCAUUUCAUUAUCGCACAUGAAAUCGUCUUUUCAGUACACGUUGAUGAAGGAUACCGAUUAAUAUCUCAUUUGACGGCCUUAAUGAGACGGCUAGAACUGAUUCUUUUCCUCUGUCCGUGAAUCUGGCUUUCCUUCGCUCAUUCGAGGAAACCAUUUUCUCCAUCAUCUAUGGAAUGUUGUUUAUAAAGACGCACUAUCCCUAAAUUAAAUAAGCUUGUUAAUUCCUGCGCUCGAUCGAUUACAGAUCAGGUCGAAUUAAAUCGCUCUGCUCCUUGCUUUGUAAGGUAUGGCACAAUUCGGCCUUUUUUCAGUCCUAUCUUAUAAUUAAUUAGUCUCUAUAAAGCAGUUAAUGCACGCCCCCCGUAUUUGCAGGUUCAAAUUUAUACUGGAACCCAUACCAGGUUGUAUUUCUUCCUUCUGAAGUAUUUUCUCACAAAUUUGACCUCCGCUAACUAGCCCUCCCCUUGAGGGCGAAAAAUGGACCCCACACUCGACUGUGCGACAUACCCUCAACAGCUCUUCAACGGCUAUCAUUUUUAUUCGUUCCCAAUUGAUCCGUAAAAUAUUUGUCGUUUGUCCAAUGUUGAUCUCUUCGGAAAUAUUAUGAGGGGCAAGACUACUACACCUUAGCCAACAACCGAGGAUAAAGGAACAGAUACAACAAUGCUUAUACAAGUGUGAAAGUAAACGCUGCAUUUAUAUAUAUGUAUAUGUAUAUAUAUACAUAUAUAUAAAGGAACUUUCACCGCAAGCAUCUUACCUGUCUUAUUUAUAUAUAUGUAUAUGUAUAUAUAUACAUAUAUAUAAAGGCACUUUCACCGCAAGCAUCUUA